AUAUAUAGGUUUUAUCUCGUCAUCGGGCCAUCGCACUAGGAAUGGUCGGCAGCAUGGGAUCCAACUCGUCCUCCUGGCCAAAGAUCUUCCUUGGGAUAUACAUUCUGUCGAUACUGUCAUCAGCAGCAGCAGGUCAAUACGUUUUCACAGAAAACGAUGAAGACCGCCUGUACAAAGAUAUGAUGAAAUACUACGUGAAAUCGUCACGUCCAGUAUUAGUGAGCAACUCGACUGGCUUUAAUGUAGAUUUAGUCUUCUCCAAUCCAAGACUGGAAUUACUGGAAACAUCAACUGACACUAUGACGAUUUCCUUUUAUCAUCUAAUGACAUGGCAAGAUGCAAGGUUGCAAUGGAACGUUUCGGAGUAUGGAAACCUUAAAACUAUCCGAGUCCCCCCUGAUUCAAUAUGGAUGCCGGAAAUGGAGGUUUUUAAUGUUUCACCAUUCCAUCCCAGCAGCACAAUGGUCUCGAAUGUAUUGGUCAGCUCAACGGGGUUCGUAACGUAUAUGCCUACAAAAACGAUUUCGUUCUAUUGUCCACUUGACUUGUCCAAGUUCCCUUACGACACGCAGACAUGUGUACUUAAGAUGGGGCCCUGGACAUACAGCAGCUUACACCAGAACAUAACCUACCAUGGAAAGACUGAACCACAGAACAUAUUUGUGGAAGAACCUGGGUACAGUACAGGAGCUCAUCCCCAAUGGACUAUUGAUAAGAUGGUGGCAUUCAUUCAGCAUACGAAAUAUCAGUGCUGUCCGGAUUCAUACGUGAAUCUUGCGGUGAACAUCACUGUUUCCAGAGUAGCUUCAUACUACAGACUUGCUCUCGUUGGACCGUCAGUGUUCCUCGCCAUCCUUAUCCCUGUGGUGUUCUUGCUUCCUCCUGAUCAGACAUCAAGAACAAAUUACGGUAUGCUUCUCCUGAUGACUAUGACUGUGAUGCUGAUAGUCUUCCAAGAGGCUGUACCGUUUGAUCACGCCACAAUCCCAGUUAUAGUUGUGUUCUACUUUGCCAUAUUUGUACUGCAGUUCUUCAGCAUUCUCUGUUGUGUAUUAACCGGUAAUCUGCGGCACAGGGGAGCAAGGAGAAAGCCGUUACCGGCCUGGCUAGGUUCCCUGUGUAUACAGAGUCGUGGACUACGGAGGUGUCUUUGCUUGGACAGCAAUUUCCCGGUAUUCCAGGAACCUGAUACUCCAAUGAACAUACGCCUAUUGGAAGAAUCCCAGGACCUGGCACAGGACACCGGACUGGACAAUGUCGAUAUUGCAGUGACGGAAGAACACUUCCGGGACGUAGCUAACAACACAAAAAUUAUGGCCGGAAAAGUCAUCCGAGAGAGCACGUACGAAAAGCUGGCACGUGAUUGGCAGGAAGUUGGUCGAUGCCUCGACAGAAUUUUCUUCUUGUUGUUUCUAUUGCUGAUCAUCAUCGUUGCCUUAAGUACAGUUCUGUAAAGGAUAACAUCGUUCCCAUUUACAAGUUGACUAGUAAAAUGUAUAUAUCAUGAAAGGCUAUGUAAAUUUUAAAACAGUUAUCUGUUUCUGCUCAUCGAUGUUUGCAAUACGCAUUCCGCUAUAUAUAUCAGAACCGUAGUUAGGUGUACUCGGAGUGAAAGGUAAUGUUCUACAACUGUAGAAGUAUAUUUGUGUAUGUACAUGUAUAUAGCUGUGGCAUACGUCAAUAAAAUAUAUCAUUUCUAUUUUUAACUCUGAUAUAAAUAUAUAUUUUUAUCGCUCUGUAUGUUUUGAAUGAACCAUUAUCUACGCAUUGAACACAUUGUCGUUGCUGAGAAAUGACGACGCACGUGCAAUUCCAUAAACAUUUAUAUCAAAAUACCGUGUGAAUAGUAUGCAUACAUUAUUUUUUGUAUUGAAUUCAAUAAAGUAUUUUCUAAUUAAUAA